ACAUGUUUAUUGUUAAGCCACUCAGUCUGUGGUAUUUUUGUUAUAGCAGCCCGAAUGGACUAAGACAGUCUGAGAGAGGAAUAGGGCAGAGGCAUGCAAUUUGUUCUGUUAACCGUAUGGAUUAUGGAUUAAAAUUAAUCAGCUAGUGGUUUAUGUAGUACCUCAGAUUCCAGAGCAUUGUAGUCCUAUGUAUUAAGCACCAGUGUUUUAAUUUCGAAGAAUCAGCUAAAGUACCUUUCUCAUUGAAAAGACGCUUGUUGAGGCGCUUGGCCAGUUGCCAGGUAGCACGUCCAUCCGCUGGAGAGGCGGCCCCAAGGCAGCCUGCAGUGACGGUUAGUCUUUAGAGCCCCUGCAGUUCUUCCAAUGGAUUUUCAACCCAAACUUUAGCACAGUGUACUUGUACAAACUAAUAAACAAUGUUUUUUGUUUAAUUCUUUGUAAUUUGGCUUUGAUAAGGACAGUGAGAGUCAUUUUCUAAUGCAAUAUAAAUAUUUUUACAUAUUCUUAAUGGAUUUUAAUCACCUUUAUUGAUGUGUAAUUUACCCAUAAUAAAAUGCACACAUUUUAUUUAUCUAUUUUGAUGAGUUUUAACAAAUUUGUACAUCCAUGGUACUACCACCACCGCAGUCUGUGAACACAUCCAAUUCCCCAGAGACUUUCUAUGUGCCUUUUCCCACUAAACCCCCACCCUACCCACCUCAAACCCAGGCAGUCACUGAUCUGCUGUCUGUCACUAUAGAUUAGGUUUGUCUUUCUAGAGUGGCAAAUAUGUGAAAACACAGUAUGUAUAUUCUUUUGUGUCUGGUUUCUUUCGCUGAGCAUAAUGUCUUGGAGAUUUGUCUAUAUUGUUGUGUAUGUCAGUAGUUUAUUUCUUUUUAUUGCUGAGUAGUUUUCCAUGAUAGAAAAAUUCUGUAUUUUAUCUGUUGCCGAGGAAAACUUUUCCUUUACCCCCUUAGGUUCUGUGGCUGGGCCUGAGAAGUAAGCUGGUAGAAGACAGAUUAUCAGGAAAAAAGCAUACAAAUGUUAUUUAAUAUUUUAAUGUGUACAUGGGAGCCCUUAUAGGAAAAAUAAAGAUCUGAAGACGUGGUUCAGACCGAGAGCUUACAUACCUUUUAAACAAAGAACAAUAACUUUGUGGAGAAGUGACAAGACAAAAGAAAAAGGUUUAUGCUUUUGGGUGCAGUAAAUUGUGGGAAAGUGACUAGAAAUAUAUGGGGGGAACUAAUGGAAGAUAAAAGUUAUUUUAGUAGGGUUGUUUGUGCAGAUCCAUUUUGGUGUGGGCUCCCAGCCUCUGGUGAUAUGAAUGUCUUCGUGGUAUGGAGUAGACACCUUUCUCAUGGAAAAUUUUAUGACCUGCUUUCAGGUAGAAAGGGGGAAGUCAGAGAGCCUUUUCUGCAUCUGCUGUUUCUCAAGUGCCUUCAGCUCAAAAUAAUCAGUAUGCCAAAGAGGCAUAAUUUGGGGUGACGUGUUCUUACCCCCUUCAUAUCCGUUAGGCUGAUGAUGGACUUUUGGUUUGUUUCCAGUUUUGAGCUACUAUGAAUAAAACCGCUGUGAAUGUUCAUGUAUUAGUGCCUGUCUGGACACGUUUUCAUUUCUUUUGGAUACCUUGAUGCAAAAUAACCAAUAACUAUUCUAUGGAUAAGAGAGAGAGGCAACUCAAAGUUAUGUUGACGAAUGUCCUAUGGACGGAUUUAGGACGAAAAUUCAGAAAGACCCUACCUAGAAACGAUGCUAAUUUAUGUGAUGCCAACAAGGUGCACUCAGACUCAUUGCCUUCGACAUCUGUUGACAGCCUAGAGACAUGUCCAAAAUUAGAACUUCUUCACCAAAGCCUUAAUUUUUCUGAAAGGAUACCCAGAGUUAUAUUGACGAAUGUCCUGGGAACGGAGUUAGGAAGAAAAUACAUAAAGACCUCAUCUGUAACUGAGGCCAGUUUGGGUGAUACAGACGACAUGCAAUCAGAGCAGCUUUCUUCAUCAUCUGAUGGCAGCCUAGACUCUUGUCAGAAUCUAAAUCCUCUCAAGAACUCCUUUUUAUCUAAAAGGGGUUCACAACCAAGAAAGACAGUAGAUAAUAAUUAUACAAAGCAGGCUGCAGACACUAAAGAAAAGCGGAGAGAUGACGAUGGCAUUUCUCUUGUAAUGUCUGAUACUCACCCAAAAGACCUCAAUAGUGGAAGUAGAGGGUGUGAUCAUCUGGAAGAGGGGAGCAGAAACAAGGAUGAUACCUAUUUUGAUUCAAAAAUGGAACCCACUCUGAUUUCCAGGAAGAGAAAGAAAAGGCACAGAAGUAGUAUACUAGAUUCUCAUAAUUCAACUACUUCUUUGUAUAAGUCAGCAGAACAGACAAAAGAACAGGAAAAUGACUCAACAGUAUCCAUUGAGUUUGAAAAGUCAAGUGAAAACUAUCAUCAAGACUCAAAACUGCUUGAAGAAGUUACACCUGUACCUAUAGGAAGUGAUUUUACUAAAGCAUCCUCACUCCACAGUCCGGAGCCGGCUUUGAGUGCUGCUCCCAAAAGCACCUCUGACUAUUCAACCACUGAAACUUUUGAGAGCUCUCCCUCCCCCGAUAUCGUGGGGAAUUCCACCCUGCUUGAGAAGGCUGAGAAUGAGUUGGACACAAUAGAAAAGACUGUUUUAAGUGAACCCAGUGAAGGGAACCAGUCGCUGAUCUCAGCUGAACCAAUUGUCGUUUCCAGUGAUGAAGAAGGACCCGUUGAAAAUAAAAGUUCGGAAAUUCUUAAAUUACAACCUAAGCAAGACCAUGCCAUCACUGAUGAAAAUGAGCAUACUUCUGAAUCAGCAUUGUCAGAACUACCACUGAUUACGUGUGAAUCAGUGCAGGCUUCAUCUGAAUUAUGUGCAUAUAAUCCUGUCAUGGAAAACAUUUCUAGCCUUCUAUCUAGUAAUGAGAUGGAUCUUCAACUGGAUUUUGUAUUUACUUCUGUUUAUAUUGGUAAAAUAAAAGGAGCUUCGAAAGGUUGUGUUACAUUCACAACAAAGUAUAUUAAGAUCCCAUUUCAAGUAUCCCUGAAUGAGGUUUCAUUGCUAGUGGAUACCACACAUUUAAAGAGGUUUGGGUUAUGGAAAAGUAAGGAUGAUGAUCACAGUAAAAGGAAUCAUGCUAUCGUUUUCCUCUGGGUCUCUUCAAAUUAUCUUCAAGAGAUUCACACCCAACUAGAAAACUCUGUAUUAAGCCAGCAGUCAAAAUCCAGUGAAUUCAUUUUCCUUGAGCUACACAAUCCUAUUUCACAAAGAGAAGAACUGAAAUUGAAAGAUAUUAUGACAGAAAUAAGUACAACCAAUGGAGAAUUAGAGCUUUCUUAUCCGUUGUCUUGGGUUCAGGCACUUCCAUUAUUUCAGAAAUUCUCUUCAAAAGAAAGUUCUUUUAUUCAUUAUUACUGUGCCUCGACUUGUUCUUUCCCUGCUGCUGCUGCUGAGGAAAUGAAGAUGAAACCAAUAUCCCAGCCUUCAAACAUCGAUACAGCCAAGCCUACUUACACCUUCCUGCAGAAGCAAAGUAGUGGUUGCUACUCACUUUCUAUCACCUCUAACCCAGACGAAGAAUGGCGAGAAGUCAGGCACACUGGACCUGUUCAGAAGUUGAUUGUAUAUCCUCCACCACCUACUAAAGGGGGAUUAGGUGUAACUAAUGAAGAUCUGGAGUGCUUAGAAGAAGGAGAGUUUCUUAAUGAUGUAAUCAUUGAUUUUUACCUUAAGUAUCUUAUAUUGGAGAAGGCAUCGGAUGAACUUGUCGAACGAAGUCACAUUUUUAGUAGCUUUUUCUAUAAAUGCUUGACGAGAAAGGAAAAUAAUUUAACGGAAGAUAAUCCAAGUCUUUCAAUGGCGCAGAGAAGACAUAAAAGAGUAAGAACAUGGACUCGUCAUAUAAACAUCUUUAAUAAAGAUUACAUCUUUGUGCCUGUAAAUGAGUCGUCUCACUGGUAUCUUGCAGUCAUUUGUUUUCCGUGGUUAGAAGAAGCUGUGUAUGAAGAUUUCCCACAAACCAUGACCCAGCAGGCCCAGGCUCAGCAGUCCCAACAUGGCAACAAAGCAAUAGACAAUGAUCAACAUGCUACUUCAACACUAUCCUUGGCUACAGAGGAUUCCCAAAGUACCGAGACGAAUAUGUCAGUACCAAAGAAAAUGUGUAAAAGGCCAUGCAUUCUCAUACUAGACUCCUUGAAAGCUGCUUCUAUACAAAACACAGUUCAGAAUUUACGAGAGUAUUUAGAGGUAGAGUGGGAAGUUAAACGAAAAACUCAUCGUGAAUUCAGCAAAACAAACAUGGUGGACCUGUGCCCUAAAGUUCCUAAACAAGAUAACAGCAGUGAUUGUGGAGUAUAUUUACUGCAAUAUGUGGAAAGCUUCUUUAAGGAUCCUAUUGUUAACUUUGAACUUCCCAUUCAUUUGGAGAAAUGGUUUCCUCGUCAUGUAAUAAAGACCAAAAGAGAAGAUAUUCGAGAGCUCAUUUUGAAACUUCAUUUACAGCAACAGAAGGGCAGCAGUACUAGUUAAUCUGCACAAGCUUGACACAGAUGUUCUAUAGGAUUACUGGAAAGCUGCUUACCAGCAUUUGUGUUAGCCAGCUCACAGAGAAGAAAAUAACUUGCAGUAGUUUUCUAAGUCAUUGAAUAUUAUUUAAACUGUAUAAGAUAUAUUAUUAGAAUUGUUGGGAUCUCAUAGAUGGAGUGGAAAUGGGAGUGCUGUAGAUAAACUUAGAUAGAAAUUAAAAUUUCAUAAAUAUUUGAUAUUUUUCUGAUUAAGUAUGCUUGGAUUAUGCAAUAGCAUAUGUAAUGUGGGAAUGUGUUUGUAGAUGAUGAAGCGGUGUCAUCCGUACUUCCACAAACCUAGGAGGCGGGGCAGUUAGGUCCUCCCCGGUGCCAGCCCCAGUACUUGUCAAAUUUGUUGACAAGUCACAUUAUAUUGUAAUUCUAUUCUUUGCAGCUCAAGCAUGCAGUAUGAAUACUGUGUAUUUUUUAAAAGAAUUUAGUAUGAAGGCUUCAGAAAAUGCCAUUUACGGCAUCCCUUCUGUAUAGUGUAAAAGAAGACAUAACGUUAGGAAGAUGAUAAAAUUCACUCUUUCAAAGCGCAGCUUAUUUUUCUCAAUCGCUAAAUGGAACUGUUACUCUGCUCUAAUUGUUAUUUGUUUUCCAUUUCUUUUCAUGUCAUUUGUGGGGAUCUGAGAAUUUAGUUCAUUCUUUCAGAGUGAAAUUUGGAACAAAAAAUUUUAGCUAUCCAAAAUAGGUUUUUAAAAAUUAUAUAUAUAGCUCAACUUAGUUUAUUUGAGGCAUAGCUAUAUAAACACUGACUCCUAUCCUAUCCUAAUAUCCCAGAAUAUAUGUUUCUGUAGGUAUGGAAGAAAAAAUUGGUGUCCUCAUAACUUUAAUUAAAAAAAAAAACCUCAAGUUCCUAUUUAUUAAUUAUUAGAACUAAAUAUGUAAUUUUGUAGCUCUGUUUACCCAGUAUUCAUGUGCAAAGCCAGAUUGCUCUCAUUGCUUUUAUAUUUUUAAAUUGUAGUUUUUAGAGACCUGUGAUCCCCAUAGAGCAUAUGUGCAGGUAACAGUUCUGAAUUCAUGAGAUGAUGGUGGUAUUAUAUAUGAUUAAAUACUUCACAACCUUCUAAUGUUAUCAGGAAUAUUUUGAGGGGACAAUUAUAUUGUAUUUUCUUAGGUAAGAAACGUGUUUUUUAAGAAUAUCGUUUUAAUCUUCUGUUUGAAGCAUCUCCUGAAUUUACAUUGUAACUGUAUAUAAAGCAGUGAAGAAAAGGCAGUUUAAGAUAAAGGUAGAAGUCGGGACGUUUUAUUUCAAAAUCAUGUGAAUUGAGGGGGUCAGUUAAGCCUCAGUGUCCUUAAGUUUUUGUUAAUCUUGUCACCAUCUUUAUACUGGGGAUUUCCUAUAAAGAUGGUUAUAAUUACGUGUUUCAUUCCCAAUUUAUGUGUGUGUGGGAGGAGACUUUUGUAGAUGACUGUUAAUUAUUUUGUAAAUCUAAUUUUGGGAAAGCAAGUGUAUAUUAUAUCUUCUUGUGACUUCUUAACUUUUUUGUUUGUUUUUCAAAGAUACCACUGUCCUUUAUCAUGUUUUGAAGGUUGCUUAAAAUUCAUUUUCCUAAAUUCAUGUGGAAAUAAUGCUUUGAGAAUAUCAGCAUUUUAUAUUAAAUGUUUCCAAUUCAUUAAA